AUCUAUUUUUAGACACAUAGUAAUUGUAAGAAUUAAUCUUUUUUUCAGAAAUCAGUUCUUGCUGCCUUAUAUAGUUCCGAAGGAUCGGUCUUGGAGAGACAUCAUUUUGCACAGACAAUGUGUAUUCUGAAUACAGAGGGCUGCAAUGUGUUUGAGAAUCUAAACAGCAAGGAUUACCAACAUGUGCUAGAUUUGAUGAGAGAAAUCAUUUUGGCCACUGAUCUGGCUCAUCAUUUUAAAAUACUUAAAAAUCUUAAAGACUUAGCUGAAAGGGGUAUUGAUAAGACCUCAGUGAAGGAAAGAAAGUUACUUCUAUGUCUGCUGAUGACAUCGUGUGAUUUGUCGGACCAGACAAGGCCAUGGGAAAAUACAAAGAGAGUGGCAGCACUGAUUUAUAAAGAGUUUUUCUCUCAGGGUGAUAUGGAGAAAGCAAAGGGUCUUGAACCAAGUGACAUGAUGGACAGAGAAAGGGCUCAGAUACCUGCCCUGCAAAUCAGCUUCCUGGACCAUGUUGCUUUACCUGUUUAUGUGUUAUUAGGAAAGCUGUUUAGUCCAGCAAAGGAGGUAGGAGAUAGGGUUGAAGAGAACAAGCAGCACUGGAUAAAGAUCUCUAACUUAAUCAAGUUAAAGCGAGGUGGUAGUCAGGCUAGAAUGACCUUUGAGGAAGUGUUGGCCAUUGAGAAUGAGGCUGAUGAUGAGACAACCCAUCUAGUGAAUGGUUCAGAAACCAUGGGAUCCAAGUGUUAAUUGAAUAAACCAGAUACCAUGAGAUCAAAGUGUAAAUUGAUUAAACCAGAUGCCAUGGGAUUAAAGUGUUAUUUAAAUAAACCAGAUACCAUGGGAUCCAAGUGUUACCUGAAUAAACCAGAUACCAUGGGAUCGAAGUGUUAACUGAAUAAACAAGAUACCAUGGGAUCUAAGUGUUAACUGAAUAAACCAGAUACCAUGGGAUCGAAGUGUUAACUGAGUAACCAGAUACCAUGGGAUCGAAGUGUUAUUUAAAUAAACCAGAUACCAUGGGAUCGAAGUGUUAUUUGAAUAAACCAGAUACCAUGGGAUUGAAGUGUUAAUUGAAUAAACCAGAUACCAUGGGAUCGAAGUGUUAUUUGAAUAAACCAGAUACCAUGGGAUCCAAGUGUUAUUUGAAUAAACCAGAUACCAUGGGAUUGAAGUGUUAAUUGAAUAAACCAGAUACCAUGGGAUCCAAGUGUUAUUUGAAUAAACCAGAUACCAUGGGAUUGAAGUGUUAAUUGAAUAAACCAGAUACCAUGGGAUCGAAGUGUUAUUUGAAUAAACCAGAUACCAUGGGAUCCAAGUGUUACCUGAAUAAACCAGAUACCAUGGGAUCGAAGUGUUAACUGAAUAAACCAGAUACCAUGGGAUCGAAGUGUUAACUGAAUAAACAAGAUACCAUGGGAUCGAAGUGUUAAUUGAAUAAACCAGAUUAGAUAUAAAAGUCAUGGCUACUUAGAAUGUUCUGCAAGUAAAUAUUAAAAAAAUAAUCAUGUAUCCAGCUACCAUUAAGACUUUUGUUACGAUAGCAUGAUUAUUAUUAGGUAAAUAAAGUAUUUGCUGCAACAGAUAAAAAAGUCAUUAUUGAGAUUGGUGAUAACAACGCUUAUUGUAAAGCUUGAAAAUGUAGUUAUUAUAUAUAUUAUCAUGAAUUGAGUUUAUAUAUAAAAAAUGUUCGAGCUGUUGCAAAAAGCUUGAGAUUUAGUUGUAAGUUUUUCAUUGGAAUGGAAUUGUGAUCGUUGAUUGCAGUUCAUCGAAAGCCUGAAUAUAUACAGAUUAUUGAGUUUUGAAUGAAAUCUGGAAUUAGCUACAGUGUGAAGUGAUAGAAAUAUACAUGUAGAGAUGUAUUAAAUGCAUUUAUUAGCAGUGUUUAUGAAAUUAGAUUUAGAAGAUUUAGGUUAAAGAAUAGUUAUUUUUUGUUAAUGUUUUUUUUUUCUCUUUUAAAUGCUGAUAAAGUUGCCAUAGGGUAAAGGUACGUAAAAAAAUGCUUGGAUUUAAAAACUGAUUGUGGUAUUUAGUUUCAAUAUAAGAGAACAUCUGAAGAAAGAAAAAUUGAUAAAAUUUGUUAGUAUUGGCUAUGUUAAUUAUGUGAAAGAAAAACAGGUUAGUGAAAUAUGUAAAUGAAUAAAUGGUAUGAGAAUUAUGUUAAUGAAUAAUGGGUAUGUGAUUAUGUAAAUGAAUAAUGGGUUUGUGAAUUAUGUAAAUGAAUAAUGGGUAUGUGAAUGAAUAAUGAAGAAAUGGCAACAAAUGCGUAAUUUUUUUAAGAAAAGACAGUAUGGGCUUCAUUAGAAAAGUGAAAGGCAUGUCUUCAGCAAUUAUCUAACAAUAUUGUUAACGCAUGAUGAUAAUAGUAAAUAUACAGUAUAAAUGAUCAAUAUAUAUAUGUACAUUUCAUUUGUAAGUAGGUAUGUAUAGAUGACAAAAGGUUAUGUGCAUUGUUCAUGUAUGUGUUUAGCAAGAUACUCUCAGAGCACCAAGAUACUGUUUUAACUACAUUUUACCUUCAUGUGAAAGUGGUCUGGAGUGUUAUUUUAUUUGGUCAGGUAUGUUUCUAGCCAUUUUCUUUUUUGUUUUGUAAGUUUUUGUAUGAUGAAUUUUUCACCACCAGUUGACAUCCAGUACAAGAUUUGUGCCAUUUCAAUUUCUGAGUAAGUUGUCUUAAAAAGAUUUAUUUUUAGAGAGAAAAAAAUGUUGAUAAUUAACCCACAACCUGCAGGAAGGGAAAAGGUUUAGCCUUUGCCACCAGUAUAAGACCUGAGGCCGAUCACAUGACUUGUGUGCAGUCGGACAAAACUCUACCUUGGACUUACUAUUUUUAAAUCCCCAAAAUUUAUAAUGUAAAGAUAAAAAAAUGAAAGCUGGAGAAGUUUAUUUAAGAAAUUUAGAAUAUUAAGGGUUAAUAAUAAGUUUGAUAAAGCCACUUAAUUAACAUAUGACAUAGCAUGAUUUUACUCUUCUAUUUUUCUCAGUUUUUAUACAAGUUGAAGAUGAGAGGAAACCUGAGGGUAGUUUUAAAAUGCACACUGUACAUAAUAAAGGUAUAGAUUUUUUAUUUGAUUUGAU